AUGUUGGAUGAGAUGUCAGGGGAAGAUGUGUCUUGGACUCCUUACGGGCGAGAUGCUGGCACGGAGGUACUAUGCUCUUUGUAUACUGGUGUCAUUCGCUUUGCUGACGUUGCUGAGGGUUAUGAUCCUGCACGGUGUCGCCGACAGUUUGGGUACCGACAGACUAUCCCCCGUACGAUGAUGGUUCCCAAGGAUGUGUACCGCCCAGCUUCUUGCAGCACCUACAUCGUUUUCUGGGAGGGUAGCAUGGAUCAGUUCUGGUGUUGUGGUCAAAGGUAUCGAACUUCUCCUCCCUCGUCUCCUCUCCACAUGCUCGAAAUGAGAUAG